CUGCUGUCUUCUUUGAUUUCAUUAUUUAUAAACUCUGCUCUGCUCUGUUCUUCUCUUAACAGAGUUGCUAACAACAGAUUUUGAUGGACCAAUCAUAUUCUCAUUGUCUCCUCUGAACCCUUCCCGAUUACUCUCUGUCUCUGUCCUUUCAUGGCGAUCGCUGCUGCUUCUCCCUUCUCCGUCGGUCCUUCCCAGUGCCAUUUAUGUCAAGUGGAAGGGGUUUAUUACUCACCAUUACAUGGGGUUAACAGCAGUUGGGUCAAAACUACAUUUGAUGGCUGCAGAGCUAGUGACCUGUCUGGUGUGAGUUUCAGAUGCAGGAGUCCAUUUUUCGGAUCAACACAAUUUCAUUGGUGGCCUGCAGGGCAUGAUCUUUGCCUUUCAAAAGUUUCAGUUGCUGCAGAUUAUUCUGAUUCUGUUCCUGACUCAUCUAGCUAUGCAAGUAACCAAGGUUAUCAUCCUCUUGAAGAACUGAAAGUUUUCAAAAGGAUCCGGGAAACUAAACUAUCAGCAGCUGAAGUAGCAAGGACAACCGUUGAGGCUAACGGCACAGCUUUGCUAGUCUUUCCUGGCACAGUGCAUUCUGAACCUCAUGAACAGAUUUCUUGGGCUGAAUUUCAUUAUGUCAUUGAUGAUUAUGGAGAUAUCUUUUUCAAAAUUUUUGAUGACGAGAACAUCUUACAAGAUCGUGGAGCAAGUAACCUUGUGAAUGCUCUGAUUGGGAUGGAUAUCCCCAUGCAUGAGAAUAAUAGGGUAAUUGGUGAAUACAAUAUUUCAGACAUUGGGAACGAUGACGAAAUUCCUUUUGAUGAUGAUUAUUUUGAGGUUAUGGAUUCUGAAAUGUCGGAGGCUCCAGUGGAUUGGGGGAUGCCAGAUACUGCCAGUGCCAGCUGGGUUCAUCCUAUAUAUUUUGCCAAGUGCUUGACAAAGGCCGUUCAUAUGGAACAUGACAGAAAAAUGGACCAUCCAUCAAAUGGUGUUUCUAUUGUGGGUUGCCUCAGACCAGCCUUUUCUGAUGAAGAAUCAUAUCUGAGAAGGCUAUUCCAUUUUGAAGAUAAUGAUGGCUACACCUCAGACUGGAAAGAUGGUGAAACUUCCAGAUCUAGUUCCAAAUAUGGUGGAUCUAAAAGUGACUCAACUCUCUAUCGAUUGGAGAUAAUGAGAAUGGAAUUAUUCUCUAUAUAUGGUGUGCAGUCUUUAAUUAGCUUGCAAGAUUUUCAAGAUGCUGAGCCUGAUGUCCUUGUACACUCUACUUCAGCAAUUUUAGAGCGUUUUAGUCGGAAUGGAAUCAGGUGCAAUGUUGCUCUAAAAGCCCUGUGCAAGAAGAAGGGUCUCCAAAUAGAGGGAGCUAAUUUGAUUGGAGUUGAUAGUCUCGGCAUUGAUGUAAGAAUUUUCUCUGGGGUGGAAGUUCGAACUCAUCGUUUUCCAUUCAAAGUUCGGGCUAUGUCUGAAACUGCAGCUGAAAAGCAGAUCCAGAAACUGCUGUUCCCGCGGUCUCACCGAAAGAAAUUUAGGACUGAUGGAGAUGGAUUCAGGGACCCAGCCUCCUUUUAGUUUUCCUUUUCUAAUUAUCCAGUGACUCCAUUAUGGGCACUAUCAAGCACAGAAGAACUUGGUCCUUAAGAUUUUUAGUGCUAUCCAGGUGAGAUUGUCCAGGAGCAUCACUAUAUUAUUCCACAGAACCUGCAACAAUGGCUGAGCUUUUUGCAACCUGAGCAAUGGUACUACAUGAAGCUGAAAAGGAAACUUGUCUUGGAGGUUGGGUGAGCUGUUAAACAGAAAAUGUAACAUUUGAUGAGGUCUCAUCUGAAGGCUGAAGCUUAUGGAUUGCUAGUAUGACUGUUAGCUUGAUGUACUAAUAAAUCAGUGGCAUCUUGUACAUGUUUCAAGCUGAUGCCUGCCCCAAAACCUUUACUUUUACUGGUCAUUCAAGAUGAGAUAAAUAAAAUGGGAGAGGGACAUGAUUCCUAGCUUUGUAACUCAAAUUUAGAAUGGUGCUUAACCAAAUUUGCUUAUCAACGCAGCAACUGGUGACCGAAGCUAGCACCAGAACUGCAUUUUGGCAUAUGUUAUACAUAAGUUCUUUCUUUGUUAAAGUUGCACUCAGCAACCAGCUAGGUAAAAUGAAAUUUUUAAAUGAAAAAGUGAAUCAAAAUUAAAAUAAA